AUGCGGUGGGACAAGAAAGAGCUGGAUGAAUUGGUGCCUUUUAUCAAAAAGCACAAAAAUGGGAUGAAUUCUAUUUCAUGGAACCAGAUAGCCUUGCUCUGGGCACAGCGCUUUGGAAAAAAACGUUCUGUUGAGUCCAUACGUGGCAAGUAUAACCAACAGAAUUGGGGAUGGGUUCCAAAGGAGUCUAGAGCUAGGGUUUUAUCCACAGGCCAUAUUUCUAAAAUAAAGGGUGGUCGCCGAAAUUAUAGCUUUGAACACACUUACCCAGAACCAGCUGCUGUUACCAUUGACAGCAGAGACCCAGCGAUUAGCGAUCUUGUGACUAAAGUUAAAGGGAUGCUGCUAGAUGUGCUUGAAACUCUUGAGAACAGAUGA